GAAAUGGCACGUACUAAGCAGACCGCCCGGAAAUCUACUGGAGGGAAAGCUCCUCGUAAACAACUGGCUACUAAGGCAGCUCGCAAGAGUGCACCGGCUACUGGUGGCGUCAAGAAGCCGCAUCGUUACCGUCCUGGAACCGUUGCACUUCGUGAAAUUCGGCGCUACCAGAAAAGCACCGAGUUGUUGAUCCGCAAGCUGCCCUUCCAGCGACUUGUUCGUGAAAUUGCUCAAGAUUUCAAGACCGAUCUGAGAUUCCAAAGCUCUGCUGUAAUGGCUCUUCAGGAGGCGAGUGAAGCCUACCUUGUUGGUUUGUUCGAAGAUACCAACCUGUGCGCAAUUCACGCCAAGCGAGUCACCAUCAUGCCGAAAGACAUACAGCUGGCUCGUCGUAUUCGUGGCGAGCGUGCUUAAACAGCUCUUCAUCGACGCAACAUUAACCGGCCCUUUUCAGGGCCACCAAACUAUUCCAUGCAUAAGAAUCGAUUCCCAAUGCCGA